AUGCCGCCAUUAGACAAAAGAAUCAAAAAAUUCCUUAAGAAUUCCAUCAGAAUUGCCCCAAAGAUUUCCGAUAAAGGUGAAUUGGCAGAACUGAGAACGGGCUUAGUAUCGCAAUAUCCUCAAACUCGUAAAGAUGCCAUCAAAAAGACAAUCCAACAAAUGACAGUAGGCAAAGAUGUAUCCACAUUAUUCCCUGACGUUUUGAAAAAUAUGGCAACAAAUGACAUAGAACAGAAGAAAUUAGUAUACCUUUACGUCAUGAAUUACGCAGAAACUCACCCAGAAUUAUGUAUUCUUGCCGUGAAUACAUUUGUCACUGAUGCGCAGGAUCCAAAUCCUUUGAUUCGUUGUAUGGCAAUAAGGACCAUGUCUAUGAUUAGGGUGGAGAAAAUUUUGGAAUAUAUCGAAAUCCCAUUACGUCGUACUUUACAAGAUGACAACCCAUAUGUGAGGAAAACUGCGGUCAUUUGCGUAGCUAAAUUGUUCCAAUUGAAUAAAGAACUUUGUAUUGAGUUAGGUGUGUUGGAAGAUUUGAAGUCUAGUUUAGAUGAUGAAAAUCCAAUGGUUGUCGCGAACGCUACGGCAAGUUUGGCUGAAAUUAAUGAUAUGGAUCCAAGUAUUGUGGAUUUGAAAUCUUUGAUUCAAUUACAUGUGAAACAAUUCUUGGCUGUUUUGAAUGAAUGUACUGAAUGGGCGAGGAUUACGAUAUUGGGUGCAUUGUCGGAAUAUUCUGCAAGAGAUGGAUUGGAAGCACAAGAUAUUAUCGAUAGAGUUACUGCUCAUUUACAACAUGUUAAUCCUGCUGUUGUGUUGGCGACAAUAAAAGUCGUUAUUAAAAACUUACCUCAGACAGAUUUUAAUCCAAACAGUUUGAUUAUGAAGAAAUUAUCAUCUGCAUUAGUAUCACUGAUGUCUAGUCCACCCGAAAUGCAAUAUGUUGCGUUGAAGAAUAUUAGAAUUAUCCUAGAAAAAUACCCAGAAAUUUUAUCCAAAGAAUUAAGAAUCUUUUAUAUUAAAUUCAAUGAUCCACUUUAUGUUAAAUUAGAGAAAAUUGACAUCUUGAUUAGACUAGUGGAUAAAGGUAACUUAAAACAAUGUUCUUUACUAUUGACAGAAUUGAAAGAAUAUUCUAUGGAAUUUGAACCAGAAUUUGUCUCUCGUGCCAUUCAAGGUUUAUCUCAAUUAGGCAUUAAAUUUUCAGGUGAAAAGUUUUUACAAAAAGUCUUGGAUAUUUUAAUUGAAUUAAUUGAUAGAGAUCAAAAUUCCAUCAAAGAUGAUUGUUGUAUCGCCAUGUGCAAUAUAUUAAGACAUCUUCCUGAGAAUACAGAUAUGGCAAGUCAAAUUUGCUCCAUAUUAAAUGCAUGGGAAUCACCAGAUGAAUAUUUGAGAACAGAUGUGGCUAAAUGUAAUUAUGUAUGGUUGUUAGGUCAGUAUCCAGAGAAUUUCCCAAGUUUAAAAGCGAAAGUCAAUAUCUUUUUAGAGCUUUUCAAUCAGGAAGAAUCAUUGACACAAACUUCAAUUUUAAUCACUGUGGUAAGGUUACAUUCUAAAUUACCUGGAAGUACGUUACAAUCUGUUCUGGAGAAAGCCACAAAGGAAACUACUGAAUUAGAUGUGAGAGAUAUGGCUAUAAUGUAUUGGAGAUGUUUGUCUAUGGAUGAUUCUGAAGAGUUAGUUGAAGAACUUUGUAAGAUCAUACCACCACAUUUAGAAACUACCAUUGAUCAAUUCUCACCUGAUUUAUUAGAAAAAUUGUUAUUAGAAUUAGGUACCAUAAGUUCUAUUUAUUUCAAGCCACAAGCUAAUAGGAGGACAAGAGAUGUGUCUUACGAAAACGUUGUUAAGGGUAAAGAAAUCAAUGAAUUACAGGAUCUUGCAAAGAACGAAUUAGCUAGUAAAGCCAAUGAAGAGGUAUUGCUAGAUUUUGGUGAUGAUGAUGAAGAAGAUGAAGAUGAACUCGAUGGAGAUAAUUUGACUUCUGUUCGUACUAAUAAGAAAUAUAGUGCAUUGGACGAUCUGGACGAUCUAUUUAAUUUUGGUACAACAACAGGAAAGCCUAAAUCUUUCAAGGAUGACAUUGGAAUUUCACAAGGGAUAAAUGAAUUAAAUCUUCGACCUUCUGUGGAUUCUAAUUCCAGAUCACAAUCGAAUACGCAAGAAUUAUUGGAUUUAUUCUAG